AUGAAGUACAAGGAGAACGGGCAGCAUAUUCGAAGAAUAUUGAAUGACCUCUCGGAGAUGAGCAAUGACACAAGUGCGUGUUUUAGUGCUGGGCCUAUUGAUUUUGAUAAUCUACUCGUGUGGAAGGCAACUAUUUUUGGGCCAGAAGGCACUCCGUACGAAGGAGGGUCUUUUGAGUUUGACAUUGUCUUCCCUCUGAACUAUCCCUACUCUCCGCCGAAGGUAAGAGUGGGCACCAAGAUAUUCCAUUGCAACAUAAAAGACACUUACAUCUGUCUUGACAUCAUAGGAAAAGAGUGGUCCUCUGCGCUGACUAUUUCGAAGGUUCUGCUCUCGAUAACCUCUCUACUCGCAGACCCAAACCCUGCGGAUCCCCUGGACACGAACAUUUCAAAACUGUACACUGAGAAUAGAGGAGAAUACAUGCGAAUAGCAAGGGAAUGGACGCACAAAUAUGCGAUGCUGUGA